UUCCAUGCGAAAGUGAAAUCGUCAAGCGGGAAGAACAACAAAAAAGCGUUGCCUACAUUCGAGGGCAGCCGAGUUUUGUUGUCAUGCACGAACUCAUUGGCAAAUACGGCCAUCCGGACAUGGAUACGCUAAAGGAUCAGCUGAAGCGUGGCAGCUACAUGGCCGCCCUUGGAACAUCCACACCCGGCGCCACAGUCGCCGCACCCCCGCCCUUCCUCAUGCCCGCCGAAUUCUACAAAAGCCUCUUCGCCAGCGCCGUGCUUCAGCAACAAAAGCACAACAAAUUCUAUACCGGAACGCCGUCACCCAGUCCUGCUCCGAAUUCAUUGUCAUCACCAUCCCGUUCCCAGCCGCCUGGCAAUUUGUUAUUUUCCACGGCGGUCCGUCUCAUGGAGAAUGGUCAGGUGAAGAUGGAGCCGGAUACAGAGUUGGAGCAAGAGCAGGACCACGAGACAGAGCCGGAGCAGGAAGAUUUCGGACAAGAGGACCAAAAGCCUGUCAUCCAACUGAACACCGGAGAGGAGAAUGUUAGUAUGGGCAUGUGAGAAGAAGUUAAUGAAGGGUCAUAAAUGGGAU